CUCCGCAACUCACCACUUGCAACAUGGCGAAUCUCAGGUCAUCCGCCUUCCAGUCCCUUCUUAGGACUCGGAACUGCUUUAUACGGCCCCAGCAAAGACGCUGGGCUCAAGUGCAUGAUGUGCGCUACCUCGCCACGCAUCGUGAUCCCAACCAGGUGAUGGAUCGAUACCGCGGCAAGCUGGACCAGAAAGCCAAGCAAGAAGGUCACCAGGAUGUCGACUCCCUGAAAGACGCCUACAAAGACAAGAUUGAAGACCUCCGUCGCAAAGCUACCACCCCCAUCACCCCCGAAUCUUCGCCGUCUCCCUCCAACUCCCCUCCGCCUCCGCCGCCCUCGAGCGAAGCCCAGCAACAGGCCAAGGCUGCCGCCGAAUCCUCCAAAUCCACCGGCAUCAAGCCCCUCGGUUCCUACAUCGACCUGGAGAAGACGCUCGCGCUCCCUCCCAAGGAGAUCGAAGCCAUCUGGCGCCUCCGCCACGCCAACAACCCUAACUCCAUCUGCGCCUGCAUCCCCGUCGACACCUACCAGCGCAUUGCCGAAGCCGCCCGCCAGAACCCGCAGUUCGUCCUGCCCCUGCCGCGCAAGCAGAGCGAGUCGCAGUCGCAGGAGAUCCGCGAGGAGGCCAGCAAAUCCGGCAACGACGGCGCCGGCGCCGAUAUUCACUUCCUCCAGUGGGGUUUCCACCCGCCCGCGACGGUCGCCUCGUCGCCCGUCCCCGCCGGUCCUCUGGCCAGCUCGCACACCUCCACCAUCAUCUUCACCCAUCUCGCCGCCUACCAGGUCCACGGCUCCUACGCCCAGCCCCACACCACCAUCACCCACCACCUCGACCUGGCCGACGAAAAGGGCAUCGUGCUCAUGCUGGGCCAGGUGAUGCCCGACUCCGGCAUCUCCACCACCGAGGCCACCUGGCUGGCAAGCUGCGUGCAGCGGUUCUAUGACUUUGGCGGCCAGGCUCAUGGUCGGAAAGGCGAGCUGCUGCGCAUGUUCACCAAGGGCGAUGCGCAGAACUUUAAGAUCGAGCACCUGCUGGAAGAGGCGGAGAAGCUCUAAGUUUGUGGCCGUUUGGCCAGAAAAGUGUGUGCCUUCACAGAUUGUAUUACCACGUCCUAUAUGAUUCCUGGGUCUGGGUUUGAGCCCCAGGAAGAAGCUUUAGACCUUUUUGCUAUGUACCAACAUAUAGAAUAU